GGAUACAGAAUGGACCAUGUCAACACAUCUCCUUUUCAAAUACAAGAGAUUGGCUUCUCUUGCCUUUGUGGCAGUGGGUUUCAAAGCAGCGCGUGAGAGGUGGAGUGCUGUCUGCCAUCUGCCAAAGGGGGAAGGGCGAGCGUUAGAGCGACCCCGGCUGCUGAGAUGGAGUCAGUGUCUCUCGGGCUCUCCCUGAGUCUCGUCUUUCUCGUAGCAGGAUGGGGACCCACUGGAAUGGCCCUGGCAACGCACCAUGGGCCCUGCAAACAAGUGCACAGGGCUGUGGAUUGCACGGGGAGAUGGCAAGGCACCGUCCCAGCAGACCUACCAGCUGACACACAGGCGCUCUCCCUGGAUCACAACACUAUCCGGACCCUUACCAACGCCUCGCUGCUGCAGUACCCCCACCUGGAGACGCUGAGCCUGCGUGAAAACAGGCUGGAGCUCAUUGAGCCCGGGGCCUUCCUUAGCAGCAGAGACCUCCGAAAUCUCUCCUUGGCAGACAACGCCCUCGGUACAAACUACGCUGUGACGGCGGCUGCUCUUGGCUCCUUACCAGCCUUGAGGAAGCUGGACCUGUCUGGGAACCAUCUGACUGAGGACAUGGUGGCUGCCAUGCUCCGCAACCUGUCCUCUUUGGAGUCCUUGUCGGUGGCCAGGAACCUCAUAAUGCGCUUGGACUCCUCUGUCUUCGAACACCUGGGCCAGCUGCAGGAGCUGAACCUGGAGAAAAACUAUAUCUAUGAUAUCGAGGGAGGCACCUUUGAAGGCUUGCUGGGCCUGCAGAGGCUGAACCUGGCCUACAAUUACAUCCCCUGCAUCGUGGAGUUUGGCCUGACCCAGCUGAAGACGCUGAACGCCAGCAACAAUGUCCUGGAGUGGUUCCUGUCUGCAGAGGGCGAGGCUGUCUUCGAGCUGGAGACGCUGGAUCUCUCCCACAACAAGCUCCUCUUCUUCCCGCUGCUGCCCCGGCAGAGCAAGCUGCACACCUUGCUGCUGAGGGACAAUGAGGUGAGCUUCUACCGCCACCUGCCCAAUGCUACGGCCCUCCUGGACGUCACGGUGCAGUUUCUCGUCACCGAGGGCAACACCACGAACAUCACAACCCUCAGUCUCUGGGAGGAAGUCAGCUCGAGCAAUCUCUCCUCCUUGAGCUUCCUGGAUAUGAGCCAGAACCAGCUGUGGUACCUCCCCGCUGGCUUCCUGGGCAGGAUGACUUCCCUCUCCCACCUGAAGCUUAACCAGAACUGCUUAGAGACCCUUCACAUCCAGGACAGAGAGCCCCUGGGCGAGCUCACGGACCUCGAUCUCAGCCACAAUCGGCUGGGGGACCUGCAGCUGGGUCUAGGCCCCCUGCCGAGCCUGCGCGCGUUAAAUCUGAGUGCCAACAGGCUGCGGAGCGUGCCGCCCCACACUUUCGCCCACACGUGGAUCACUACAGUUGACCUCAGUCACAACCCCCUACAGCUCUGUCCCCAGCAAGCUAGUGCGGAUGGGGCCGAGGAUCCUGUCUGCAUGGACUUGCGCAACAUAGCAUCCCUCCGGAGACUUGACUUGGCUGGGUGUGGCCUGGAAGUGGUGCCCAGCAGGGCUUUCAGUGGGACCCCACUAACGCACCUGGAUCUGUCCAACAACCAGGGAGCCCUGGCCAGGGGCCCCCAGCCUCUCCGAGCCAUUGCACUAAUGCUGCAGGUUUUAUCUCUCAGGAACACCGGCCUGCCUCCCAGUGGGGAAGACAUCGACUUCUCUGGCUUUCAGAAUUUGCUGAGUUUGGACCUGUCGGACAACUCCCUGACCAGCUUCCCGGAGUCCUUGAGUGGUCUGAGCCUGCAGACCCUGGACCUGCGGGGAAACCGCCUUCCCUCUCUUCCGCUGCACGCAUUGCAGAAGCAGCUUGGGCGGUGUCUGAGCGUGCUCUACCUCAGCCAGAACCCCUUUGACUGCUGCACGCUGGAGUGGUGGGACUUCCUUCACCAGCUCCGGACCGUGAACGUGGUGGACAGGGGGCAGGUCACCUGCAACUCCUCCUCCACCCUUAUUGGUGCCGAGCGACUGCCCGCCUCUAUCCUCCAGAGGUGCAGGUGGAAGACCGUGAACAUGGCCCUGUUAUACCUGGUGCUCACUCUGCCGGCCUGCCUGACCCUGCUAGUUGCCCUGGCCGUCAUCUUCCUCACCUUCAAGCACAAGCUGCUUCAACUGGUGAAAAGCCAGUACAGAGUGUCGAGCCCUUACUGAUCUGCACGGGGGCAGGAGCAGGCCACUGGCACACGGAAGCAGGCAGAGCAGUAACCCUGCGAAGGGCGAGGGCCAAGGGAGUGCCGGGGUCCUGGCUCUCUCGUGGUCUCAUUGCUACAUUUUGAGGGCAUGUUCACCUGCUGCUCUGGGCAGGGCCUUCUGCCAGGCAGCACCAUGGAGCAGAUGGCGUUUAGCUCAGGGAGCAGAGGGCUCUGCGCAGUCCGAAGGCGAGAUCCUAGAGAACUAGCGAUUGGCGGAACGAAAAGGGAAAAUGGGUAAAUGGGAGAGGAACUCAGAGGGGACAGGAGAGGCUCACGCUGAGAACGUGCUGAGCGAGAAAUGAGGAAGGGCAAAUAUUGAGAGACCCCAGCGAGGUAGCUGCGGAGGGGACUCCUCGGACGCCAGGCAGUGAGAGCUGCUUGCUAGAGGACACUUCCCUGGCAGCUGAGGCAGGGAGUUCGGGGUAGGCCAGUCCUGUGAAACGGAAAGCAAGCGUGCAGACGUAGAGAGUACACUAGGAGCAUAGACCAGUGAAGCUGCAGUUCUGAGGUAAGGCCUCCAGGGAUCUAUUUUCUCCAGAUUGGAAACAUCAAUUCCCAUUUAUGUCAGUUACUUGAACUUACAAUGAAAUUGAACAGUCGUGGCCUAUCAGAGUCCGAGGAUGUACAGUUGUUUUCCCUGCCCACUGUCACACUCUGACAUGCUACAUGUCGUCAUCACAGGUUUGCUUUGCUGCUUUACACCUGAAUGCUGAUUGGCAGAAGGGGGGUUGGCUUGUGUAUGGAUUAAUUAAUUCUCAGAGGAGCAAAUGAGAAUAUCACGCGUGUCAUGUGAGAAAUAGAAUAUGCACAUGGAGUGUGACAGUGAAAAUCCUCAUAUUAUUGCAAUGUGGUUGUUGCUCAACCAGUUUUUCAGAGUUAAAUACGGAGCCCGGUGAAAGUCAUUUUGGUCGUCUUUGCAAAUGAUCACAGUUGAAGUGCACGGAUGGUUCCCUUGCUAAACUUUUUUUAAUCAACUCAUUUUGAGCUGUAUAAUGUAAAAUAGUGCCCAUCACCUUAAUGAUUAAACUCUGGCGUCCAUGCUUUUAAUUCAUGUUUUUUUGAGGGGGAGGCUUUAUUUAAAGAAUCAUACCCAGAAACGUUUGUCCCUGGAAUGUGACAUAAUAAUUUUCACAGUGACAAACCACUUAAAAAAAAAAAGAAAAAAAGGUGAAAAGAGACUUGAAAGUGGAACCCAUAUCCACAGCAACAAUACCAGCUGUGAGACAACUCCUCUGUGAUAUUUACAUACCAGGCUCUAGAAGAAGCACGUGACAACUUCUUGGAAUUGGCAGCUGUUCUUGACUUGUAAUCAUCAGUUGUGUGUGUGUGUGUGUGUGUGUGUGUGUGUGUGUGUGUGUGUGUGUGAUAAGAUGUGUAGAACAAUACAAGUGAACAUUUCUAGGCUAUCCAGUGUGGUGGUGGUAAUUAUGUUUACGUAACUAUCCCAAUGAAAGAAAAGGUGAUUUAAAAGAACAGGUGGGGAAUAAUGUAAAAUAUUGUAUGCAAGAUACAAGAAUAAAUUAUAUUCACUUUAUUUUUAUUAAGAUUUUUCUUCUGUACAUUUUUAUUUGGCAACUUCUGUAUUAAAACGCUAGAUAAAAAGGUGACCAAA